GCCGCAAGGCCUCCGCACGGGGAGGUCGUGUACCUGGCUUCCCCUUCCCCUCCCUCGAUGGUCCCCGUCUCUCUCUUUUGCCUCCCGCGCCUUGCGAGGAGGCUACACUCGUCACUUUCGCCUUUCCUCUGCUUUUUUAACAUGUCCUCUCUGAAUCCUGCUGGUGUCGGCCCCGACGAGGAGCCUGACGUCGACGAGGAGCUUGACGUCGAUGAGGCCAGCCCUGGCGACGACACUCUGACUAUCCAUUGGGCUCACUCGAAAUAUUGGUACCGGACCGACCGACUCCUCGACUUUCUAGAGGCCAACGAAGGGCAGCGCCGCCAGCUGUUCGGCGAAUGGUCAAAGGAAAGCGCAGCAAAGGGUCUUAACAAUGUGUCGAGGAAGACGCGGCACUCCCAGAUUCAUUUCGAAAUUGCGCAAUACAUUUUCACUCACCCAGACGAGCAUCCGAAGGUUCGUGCGGCCUUCGAGGCAACGAAGCACAGCAAAAUGCAAACCUGGACCAAUCGCAUCGGGACUCGUAUACGAGACCUGAGAGGCGAGUAUGCUCGGGUUACGUCGGUGGACAGAGGGACUGGAUAUGGCGUGUCAAAAAGGGAUCGUGAACAUGGGAUCAACAGUGUCAAGGAUAAAGUACAUGUCAAGUUCCCGGAAGAAUGGGUCGUACGUCUUGCGCCCAUGUGGGGCAGUGCACCGACGUUCGUGAUCCCUGCACAAACGUCUACGCCCGGCCAAGAUUUACGGGCGAGCACGCGAGAGCGCCUGGGCCUGCAUCAAGGCGCCGCCGGCUUGGUCGAUACAACUGUGAACGAGUGGACCGCAGGCGAGGCUGGGCCCAGCGAUUGGAUGGGAGGGUACGGUGAGUGGGCAGCAGAUAAUUCGGUGCAACUGGCUAUGAGCAAUACACAGGCGUCUGGGUCGAACAAUCCUGGCUAUGUGCCCUACGUCACAAAUCAACACGCCGACAACGCAACCUCGUACUACGGGCGACAACAACCACCACCCCAAACGUCAUAUGGGAAUCAAGCCUUUCCUCCAACCCCAAGUGCCUUGUUGUUCGACCAUCGUACGGCCAGCCCACUCUCAGGCCACCCCACCCCUCCCGGCAGUGAAACCUCGAGCCUCCGCAGCUUUUCCUCAAACGUCCAGCCUCUGUAUACGAUCCCAAGCAGUCCGGCGUCAUCACGCGGCUCCCUCCAUGCCAGUGUUCCAAGCGCGUCAGCGUCUUCUUCCUCGCUUCCGGUGACGAGCACAAGCUCGGGCGUCUCAACCUCGUCAACCCUCGCAUCGCGUACGAGUGCCACUCGGAGCAAACGCGCCUCGGAGAAGGCACCGGCCCGGGCGCAGCCUCAGGCCAAGAAGACGAGGACGAGCGCCGCCGCUGCGAGGGCUCUUGCAACGCCGAACCUCGACGCGGCCGACGACAUGCUGGAUACGGCGGGAGAGACAGUGUCCUCGGACCGCGAGUACGUCAAUGAGCUCAAGGUUCAGAAGGAGAGGCGUAAGACGGCACGGGUAGAGGCGGAUCUCAUGGAUAAGCGAAUACGGCUGUUGGAGAUGCAGAAGGCGCAAACUGAGGCUCAACUCAAGCUUCUCGAGAGAACGCACCAGCUGCAAGACCUUGGGUACGCGCUUCCCUCAAGUUUCCCGGUGUCCGCGCCCGUUGCUGGCACGUCCCGCGCUGCCAGUGACUACCCGGCCACUGUGCGGGCCCCAUCGCGCGGUCAUACUCACCGCUCUCCCAUCACCGACCGUAGCAUCUUCAUCCACCCCACUAACAACUCGCAGGGCACGUCUCGUGCCGAGGACAUGAACAAGGGCACGCCCGACGACUCGGAGGGCAAGCAUGACGACGGCGCGCACGACGAGGGCGCACACAUCGAUGACGGCGCACACAGCGGCGACGCGCACGACAAUGCUGUCGGCGUGUACAACGAGGGCGCGCGCAUCGAGGGUGCGCAUGUCCAGGGCGUAUACAACCCGUCUGACGCUGAGGGCGCGCACGUCAGCGGCACGUAUGGUCAAGGCAUGUACAACUCGUCUGGCGUCGACAGUGCACAUGUUGGGGGCUCGCACGUCGGGGGCUCUCACGUCGGGGGCUCUCACGUUGGGGGCGCAUACCGCCAACUUGAAGGCAUGUACAAUUUCAAUCUGUCUGACAUCGAGGGUGGACACGUCGGGGCUACGCACGUCGGGGGCGCGCACGUCGGGGGCGCGUACGGCCAGGCCAUGUACAGUCCGCCUGACGUCGAGGGUGGACACGUCGGGGCUACGCACGUCGGGGCGCGCACGUCGAGGGCGCGUGGACACGUCGGGCUACGCACGUCGGGGCGCGCACGUCGGGGCGCGUACGGCCAGGCCAUGUACAAUCCGCCUGACGUCGAUGGUGCACACGCCGGGGCUAUGCACGUCGGGGGCGCGCACGUCGGGGCUACGCAUGUUGGGGGCGCGCACAUCGAGGCUGUCUACGGCCAGGGUGUGUACAACCCGGCUCACGUCCAGGGUGCGCACACCGACAACGACAUGUUCGACAUCUCCGUUAUGAUGGGGUUGUACGGAAUGCCUUACGAGGACACUGGGGCUGUACAGCACGAGUACGGUGCGUCGAAUGCUGCAUCUGGGUCAUCUUACGUUGGGAACAUGUAUGAUGGUGGUAACCCUGCGGGUGGUCAUGGAGUAAUGGGACAAUGA